AUGUCUUUCGAAGAAGGAUCGACGUACAAUGAAAGGUUGAUCCCUAUCUCCCGCGGCCAUGUGCUCCCAGACCGAUCCGUGCCUGUGGAGUACAUUACCUACGAUAUAUGGGAGAGCAUGCGUGCCCACGAUCGUCCAUUGGCAGAUGAGAUUCUAGAGCCUGUUUUUCAAUUCAUGCGGGCUCAGACUGACCGCACGCGCACUCGACCGAUGGGACUGGGUAGCUAUCUGAAAUAUCGUGAGCGCGAUGUUGGAAAAGCGCUUUUAUCAGCUCUGAUGCGCUUCUCGAUGGGGUUGCACAUUAGCACGGUGGACAUUGCUCUACUCCAGGAGAUUGACGCCAACUGCUCCAAGCAUUUGUCAGUUAUCAACGAUAUCUAUAGCUACGAGAAAGAAUUGCAUGCCUCAAAGACUGCUCAUGCUGAAGGAGGUGCGCUAUGCACCUCAGUGCGUGUCCUAGCUGACGAGGCAGCCGUCCCUAUCCAAGCCGCAAAGCGCGUGCUGUUCUUCAUGUGUCGCGAAUGGGAGCUUCGCCACCAGUCCUUGGUUGAGGAACUAUCCGCCAGUGGGCACCAGGCACCGUCGCUGGCGGCCUAUCUUCAGGGAUUGGAAUUUCAGAUGAGUGGUAAUGAAGAGUGGAGCAAGACCACACUGAGAUAUAACAUUCCGAUCCAGUGA